AUGAACUCAGUUAGUCGAUCAUUAUGCUCUGGAUGGACUUGGUUUUGUGACUGCACGUUGCAUAUUAUCAAGUCGGUUGGUACCCUGGCUUUCAGCAAUCAAGCUGGUGACUCUGUCCCGUUCUAUUUUCAUUACCAUGCCUCAUGCAGCGAGAAUUAUCAGGACAGCCGGGAAUCAUUAACUGCCCGCAAGGUCACUGCGCUGAUGAAUGCAGCAAGAUCUGCAGAUGACGAUGCCAUAAUAAAACUUUUUCUGGAGGCGCUCGAUCUAUCAUUUGCGGACGGUGACGGGAAUACAGCACUUCACUUGGCCGCGAAGUGCCAAACGGAUCUGGAGCGGGAGGCCUCAGGAGAUCGUGCCAGUCCGCUGGGUUCAGAACGGCAAGCCGUUCUUGAAGAUUCACCGAUAGAUCCAUCACCUUUUGAAUAUACUCGAUGGAAUGAUGAACUGAUUGCUAACACAACGGAAUGGAAACCAAAUGGAAAAGUGUUGUUGGCUUUAGAUGGAGGAGGUGUGAAAUCUUUGGUGCUGACCCAGAUACUACUCUAUUUGGAAGAUGAAUUGAACGGCAAUUUCCUACCUCGAAUCGACUGGAUAGCAGGGACGAGUUCAGGAGGAGUCACUGCUUUGAUGCUCUGUCAUGGUAUGGAAGUAAAUUGA